GAAAAAAUAAUAUCUUUUGGACAAAUUAAUUAAUGCGCAUGUAAUUCUAAUUUAUAAUUAAAUAACUUAACAAAUAUCGAUUAUCGACGAUUUUUUAAUUUGUUUUGAAUUAUCUUUAUAUCGAAUGUGUAACAAGUUAAGAUUCUUGUAUAUUACCAUUAAAGAACGAUAGAUAAGAGGAAAUGGAAAGAAAGGCGUGCUGUGGUUGUGCUCAAUGUAUGGUGCGCGUCGCUUCUUUUUUCUUACAAGAAAACAAGUCAUUUACUAUUUGUCAAACAAUUUACGCGACAUUUUAGGCAGGUAGAACGAUCUAGGUACGAUUAUUGAUGAUAAUAGUUUAUUAGUAUUUCAAGAAGGAAUAAGUGAUCGUGCGCAGUUGAAUAUUCCAACCGCGCGCAAAUCUUGGAAAAGUAAUAAGAGCGUAAACACUUUUGAUCGAACGAACCAACGGACAAAGACGUUGUGCAGAAAAAGUGUGUAAUUUAUUGAUGAGUACAAACGAAAACUGUUAUUUCAAUAAAAACAGAAGUAUGGAAAAAGUGAACAUAUAGUUUUACGUAUGAAUUGACCGUAGUUGAAGUGCGCGCGCGUGUAAAUGUGCUACCAGUUCCGUACGGGUGACCGAACGCUAACCAUCGUUUCACGUACGUCGAAUUUUUCAGCAAAGUUUGCUUGGACAAGAAGUCUUUCGACAAACAUUACGGUUAACUACGUGCGUGUGAAAAUAACGUACCUAUGAGGACCUCAGCGAGCCACAUAAGGCAACAAGCUUUGAAGGUAGUGGAGAGUUUAAAGAAGGGAGGCCUACGCCUGCGAUGAGCAUGCCAACGAAAGGGAAACAUCACCACCUGCCCCAACAUCAUCAACAUCAUUCACAGCCACAUCAUAACCCGCCACAACAUCAACCUCAACUCAUAGUGAACGUCAAUCAACCAAGUGUUCAUUCGUCUCAAACUUACAACACUGUGGUUACGACUAAUACACCGCGUUUUGUACCAAAUGCUGGAUCAGAUUUUCAUGUGUCUGGACAAAAUUACGGCACCCAACCAGGGGGCCAGGUGGGCGGGGGAGGGGGUAGUGUAGGAGUACCUGGGGGCAGAGGACCUCCACCACUCGGCGGCUUACAAUCUAUUGGACAGUCAGCAGCAGGAAUUCCACCAGGAGGUCCUGCUGGAGGACAAGCACCACCACAAACCCCGGCUCCCGGGGUACAGUCACAACCGCCGCAAGGUCCGGCUCCCACCACUACUCCCCCGGUACACACACCGUCACCUCAGGAAAUGGGAAAACAGGCCCAUUUACAACCUCAACCACAACCUCUUUCACAAGUAUAUGGGCCAACGCAAACAAGGCCGACGUCACAAGGUUACUAUCAAGGACCUAGACCACAACAACCUCGAGGCAUUAGUCACAGAGGGGGACAAGGAGGUACAGGUGCACAAGUUGUAGGAAUGUCAGGAGUUGGUGGAGGUGGAGGCCAACCAACUGCGAUUUAUCACCCAGGUGGUUUGCCAGUUCAAACUGGAGCAAUAUAUCCAGUUCCUAAUCUUCAUCCUGGCCCACAUCAACAAUCUUUAUACGCAAUGAACAAUCAAAUGCCCCUUCAGGUAGUAUUCGGUGGUCCUCCUCAAAGGCAUCAAACGCAUCAAAAUCAGUCUUAUUUCCCACCUUUUCAACAUUCGGCUAUUCUAACGCAAAAUAUGUUUGGAUAUGGUGCACCUGCACCAACUCCUCAACCUUAUUAUUGGCCUACUGGUCAACCACCGAAUACACCACUAAUAAGUAGGGCAGGUGCAAGCGCUGUUACUGGUGGGGCACAACAUGUUGCAGGCCCGCUGGCCGGUGCCCAAGGAGCCCCAGUAGUACCACAAGGUACACUUCAACAGCCUACACAACAAGCGCAACCUUUACCUCCAAUGGGUAUAUCUCUUUCUCAGACUGAUGUAUAUUCGGGUCAUAAUGGUGGUGCAGCGAAUGCGACAAAUAGUACGACAAAAUCUCGGAAACCAAGAGGACAAAAUGCUAUUACAGAUAUUGUUGAUCCAUCAACUGGUAAAAAUAUAAGCCAUGAGAUUUACAAAGAUAAUGAAACUAUUCAAAGUGGUGAAUCUAGCAAUCGUGAAACACCUCAGCCACAAAAUAAUGACGCUGAGGUGCAAGCCGACUUUGCAGCCCGGGUUGCAAAAACACUUGCGAAAGUCGUGACCGAAGAGUCUAGUUCUGACUCGGCGGUACCGACUUGUGUACCAAACACAUCUACAACUCAAAAUAUAACACAAAGUUUAACUAAUUCUCAAACAAAUUCUACUAAUGAUGUGAAUAGUCAGUGUAACACAAGUUCAACAACGCAGAAUAUACCUAACGUAGCCACGAUAUGUAGUCAGUCGUUAGGUACCACUAGUAACGUAUCUCAAAUAGAUUCCUGUAUAAUGAAAAUGGAGUCUAAACAAUUACAAAUUCCUGUGAAGGAAUUUCAACCUCGAAGUGAAUCGAAAAGUGUGGUCAUUGAAGAACCACCACUAACCAUAUCGCGUAACGUAAACAAGGAUGAUAUUUCUGCGCAGUUACCCGUAACUGAAGUUGAAGUCAAGAACACGAGUGCCACACCUAUUAUAACACAGACGUCAAUUCCCAUUGUGACUAUACCAAGUACGAAUGUUCCGGAGGUCCCAAAACCGUCCACCACUGCCCCAAGUGUUAAUCCUGUUCCUGCCAGAGAUCCUUUUCCUAAUUUAUCCAAUAAAAAUUCAUCGAGUUCACCACCUAGAAGAAAGUCCCAGACUCACACUCACAAUCAACCUGUUGCUACUGCUGCUGUUUCUACCGGUGCAACUGAGUUGCCGUCGAGUGCCAAAGAACAAAAAGAAAAAAAAGCGAGGGAAAAGAGUCUUAGUUCUAGAGGCACUACUCCUACACCUACUCACAAUCAAACUGACCAUCAUUUGAAAGCCAAUGGAGAUGCGACUGGCGAUAAACCGGAAUCUGAACCUGUUCGAAGUGAAGUACAACAGCAAAAAUCAUCUGAUGGUAAAGCCAUGCAGAAACAGAAAAAUAAAAAUAAGCUUAAGCCCCGAGAACUUAAUCGAAAAGGAGCAGAAAAAGAAGGUACAGAUAUGGAUGCUUUCGUAAACACUGUACCUCCGGUGCAAUCUGAAAUGAAACGAGAUCCUUUAACACCAAAGGAUAGCAAUAAAGAAACAAAUCGCGAGAUUACGAAAGAUAAUAAGGAAAAGGAUAAUUAUGAGCCGAAAAAAGAGAAGGAGGUUAUUUCCGUUAAUACAAAGACGGAGAAACAAGCUGCUUCCGUCACAUCAGAAAUCUCGAAGGAAAGUGUUCUCAUACAAGCACCUGUUAUAGAAAAACUGCCAAGUAACAAAGAAACUAUAAAGGAAUCUUCUCCUAAAAUAGAGGAUAAUAAUAAAACGAAUGUGUGUAAUAUGCAAACAAAAUCAGUUCCUAAUGAUGUUGUUGAUCAUGUGAAAGUUAAAGAAGAAUCUGAUGUGGAAGCAAUAGUAGCACAAAAAAAUGAAGAGAAUUCAAAAGUUUCCGCAAUUCGAACAUCUAAUGAAGACAAGUCGCAAGUAUCUUCUGUUAUUGAGAAGUCAGCUGAAAAUGAAUCUUUAGUUCAAACUGAGAUCACACCAAUUACAAAUCAGAUACAAUUAAAAUAUAAGUAUAAGGAAGAUCAAUGGAGCCCUAUCAAUAAAAAUGGUAAAAAGGUUUACGAUCGUGAGUUUUUAAUGAAACUUCAGGAUGAUCCCAACAGUAAAAUUAAACCAUCUAAUUUACCAGAUUUAGAUGUUGUUUUGAAAGAUAGUUCAAAGGCAAGAACGACUCUUGAUCUUAGGCCAUUUAAAGAUACAAAUAUGAAUAGACAUGAUGUUUUAUUUCCUGGAUUUAUAAAAUCAACUUUAAAUACACGAGUGCCACCUCCUAAUCGUAAAAGUCAUCCAGGAAAAUCAUCAAAACCAACAAAACCAAAUGUUAUUCAUGUUUCAUUAUCUCUUAGAGAAGAUGUAAAAUUAAGAGAAACUGAAAAUGCGUGGAGACCGACAAGAUUAAAAACAUUAAAUCUUAGUGAAGAAGAAGCAAAAACAGAAGCUCUUUUCAAAAGAGUUAGAAGUGUAUUAAAUAAACUUACACCUCAAAAAUUUAAUACUUUAGUUGAUCAAGUACGCGCGUUAACUGUGGAUACUCCAGAACGACUACAAGGUGUAAUUAAUUUAGUCUUCGAAAAGGCUGUUGAUGAACCAAGUUUUUCUGUAGCAUAUGCACUUAUGUGUAAAGAACUUGCUGUUAUGGAAGUUUCAGGCUCAGAUAAAAAUUCAGAUAAACAAGAGUGUUCGUAUACUUUUAAAAAACUCAUUAUUAAUCGUUGUCAAAAGGAAUUUGAAAGAAAUCCAGUAAAUGAAGUUGCAAGAGCUAGUAAGCUUAAAGAAAUAGAGGAAUGUACCGAUCCUGAAAAGAAAAAGGAUUUGCAAUUAGCACUUGAAGAAGAAGAACGAAGAACACGCAUAAAAUCAGUAGGAAAUAUUCGAUUUAUUGGAGAAUUGUAUAAGCAAGGAAUGUUAACAACUAAAAUCAUGCAUCGUUGUAUAAAAGAGUUAUUAAUUCAGAGCGAUGAAGAUAGUCUGGAAUGUUUGUGCAAAUUAUUAACAACAGUUGGAAAAGACUUAGAAUCAAAAGUAUCUCCAGAGGUAAGUUCAUUUUAUUUUAUAAUUAAUAACAAAUAUUUAAUCCCUCCCUUCCCCAAAUAUUUAUUACUUUUUUUAUUUUAUCAGGAAAUGCAAGAUUAUUUUAAUAAAAUGCAAGAUAUUGUUGCACGACGGGGACAUGGGAAAAUUAGCUCUCGAAUUCGUUUCAUGCUGCAAGAUGUCAUAGAUUUAAGAGCAAAUAACUGGAUUCCAAGGAGAGAUGAUAGUAAUCCUAAAACAAUAGAUCAAAUUUUAAAAGAAGCUGAUUCUGAAAGAUUAGAUAGCCAAUUAAGUAAUACUCCUUUGAAUACACCUCGGAAGGAUGAACGUACUAGUGAUAGAAAAAGAAAUCGUGGUGUUGGUCCAACUGAUGAUGGUGGUUGGAGUCAACCUGUUGUAAGAACAAGACCACAAUAUUCUGUUGAAACAGCUAAACUUAAAAAUAAACCUCCUCCAAUGGAUGAUUUACAAUUAGGUAGCAGAAAUGUGUAUAUGUGGAAAACACCUUCGAGUUGCGGCUCAAAAGCAAUAAAUUCAAAUAAAUUUGCAUGUUUAGAAAAUGUAUCAACUUUAGAUCAAGAUAAACGAAUAACAUCUCCACAACUCUCUGGAUCAAGGUCUACUGGACCAAGAGAGUAUGGUCGUGACUACAAACCUUCCUAUGAUGGUAGGAGUUCACGAAAUGGUAGUCAUCAACUAAACAGUUCGUCGUCAAGUAGAGAAAGCUCAUUAUUAGAUAAUUCACAAAGUCAAAAUGUUUCUAUGCCACCACCCUCAUUGAAGUCCUCACAAUCUACCUCUAGCAGUCAUAAACCUUCGAUGACACAUGAAGAAUUUUUGAAAACAUUAAAUAAGAUAAUGAAAGAUUAUCUAAAAAAUCCUAUUCUCGAAAAAGUUUCAUUGGCUAUUCAACAAAAUUUCGACAACGAAUUAUCAAAAUUCACAUCUGAAUUGAUUAACUUUGUACUUGAAAAAUCACCCCUUGAUAGAGAAAUCAUAUCGGUUCUUCUAUCUCAUUUGAUUACUCAAAAGAUUUUACCUAUAUCACAUCUAAGGAAUGGAUUCAUUGAAAUAUUGGAUGUAGUUGAUGAUCUUGUGCUUGACAUACCUAAAGUUUGGUCAUAUAUACCGGAGAUACUAUCACAUCCAAUAGAAGAGGAAAUACUCUCUCUAAAUGAAUUGAAACCUAUAUUUGAUAGUUUAAGGGGUAGGGGAUAUGUAGGAAUAUUCCUUGGAGAAUUAUUAUCAAAACUAUCCCGGGAUAAAGGAUCUAAAUGGGUUGCAGAUAAGUGGGACCAAAGUGGACUUCAAUUGAAUAAUAUAAUUGAUACAGAACUUGAAAAAGUUGAUAAAAUUAUUAAAGAUUAUAAUUUGGAGUUCUGCACUGGUGAUUAUAAUAGUGCCAAAAGCUCAACUAGUAAUCAGCUCACAUUACAACAAAUUCAUGAUGAACUUAGAAAACUCAUGAAAGAAAGUAAUUUCGAUGUAAUUUGUGGUUGGAUAAUUGAAAAUGUAGGUAAUCGAAUUAAAGAACCUGAAUUUAUUCGAGUAUUAACGACUGCCAUUUUAGAGACGUCCAUGGAACCAGUAAACACUAACACAAACAGGUGGUCUUUAAAAACCGAUGUUUUCAUUAAUUUACAACAAUUAAUUCGUCGGUUUGUCGAUACAAAUGAAUCUUUAGAAUUACAGUGUCUUUAUGCAAUUCAACUUCAUUUGCAUAAUUUACAAUAUCCACAUGGGAUUCUCUUUAAUAUUAUGACAAGUUUAUCAGACUAUAAUAUAAUUUCAAGUGAGGCAUUCUUGACAUGGAAAAAAAGCCCUGAGCCAGCUCAACGCGAGUGGCAUGGAGUUGCGACGAUGGCGUUGACAUCAUUUUUCACAGGUUUACAAGAAGCUGAUGAUGCUUCUAGUGUAGAAGACGUAUCAACUAGCGUGAGCCAAGACCGUUGUUGACGAUACCGUGAACGGGUACAUUAUCGUCUGUUGAAAAGACUUAAAUAUACGUUCCCUCGUUAAAAAACUACGCGAAGUGAGAUCAAAUUGCAGUUUUUUUAAAAAAACGUCGUAUAUAAUUAAAAAAAAACAAUGGAGUGAUAGUAGUGCGCGGGUGUAUGUAAUAUAGUCUAGAACUUCGAAGAAAAAGAAGUGAAAGAUAAUAAAGAAGGUUGUCAUAUAAAAACGGACACAAUGGCUGAAACCGCUAUACAUAAUGAAGAUAAAGAUUAAUUAUUAAUUAUGAUACAAAAGUAAAUGCAAGAUAAUUAUUAUAUAUAAUUCAUUGAAAUGGUUUAAAGUUUAAAUAAAGAAAAAGAAAAAAAAAAAGAAAAAAAAAAAGAGAACAUUAUCGUAUUUCUUAUGUCUUGCGAAAUGUCACUACAGCUUGUCAAUCGCCCAAUUUAAAAUUUAUGUAUAAUUUUUCUUUUACGCUUUGUAUUGGAAAAUCGUAAAGGAUAUAUUCAAUUUCAUCAAGCGAUAUUCGCAAAACAGCCGGUGUUUGCUGUAACUUAGAUAACAAAUUGCAGAUCACAGGUGUGUAUAAGUAGGUCAAUUUUAAGUAAAUUAUAUUUGAGACAUACGCAAAAAGAAAACUAUUGAUAACCAAGUCUGAUGCAAGGGCGACGGUUCUUCCUAUUAUUAUAAUAAAUAUAAACAGAAUUACUAAUUUAUAUCUUGCGAAUUUAACAAUGUAUUCAACUGUAUGAAGAAAAAAAUACAUUCGUAAUUAAAGAAGAAUGAGAGUGAACAGUCAAAACAUAACAUUACGAAAUAAUUCGUAAUGUAAAAUAUGUUGAAAUUAGGAAAACGGAAGGAUACAAAUGGUGUGAAUAUUAAGGCGCUACUAUUUUUUAAACUAGUUAUUUAUGAACAUUGAGAGAGCAGAUAAUAGUGCGUGGGAUGGAAUGUUUGCAUGAAUAACAGGUGGCAGGUGUCGUAGCAAAUUGUAUAAAAUUAUUAUUAUACUAAUUUAAAGUACAGUGUGAAAAAUACAUUUUUUUUUUUGGAUAUACUAUAUAUUAUAUAUAUAUAUAUGUAUAUAUAUAUAUACACACAUAUAUAUAUAUAUAUGCAUAUAUAUAUAUACAUAUAAAAGAAUAUACAUAAAAUGAAAUAGGAAAUUUGAGUGCAGUUAUGAAAAAUUAUUUUCAUUUAAUUCUAGAAAAGAAUUCUCUACAUUAUUUUUUGUCUAAUAUUUUUCAUAUCAAACAUAUUUUCAUUUAUAAAUUAUAAUUAUUAAUUAAUACCAAGAUAUUCAGAUUUGUUAUUCGGUUAUUAGCAAAGUUUGCCAUUUAUAUUUUUUAUGGACUUUCUGCUUUGUUGAAGAAAUAAAAAAAUACCAUGUAUAUUGUAUUUGACUCGCAUGAAACACAUGUACGUUUAAACGUGUUUGUAUAUUUUCCAUGUAUAUACACAUGGAAACAUACAGUGCUACAAAAUUAUAAUUAUAUCUUUGCUUAUAAUAGAAAGUCUAUACUUCGUCUUUAAAUUUUUAUAUGAUAUAUGUAUCCUUUAUCGUGAUUUCUUGAUAUAUGUUUAUUUUCUUUAUUGUAUCUUAUCAUCAUAGUAUAUAAUUUACUUGCAUUCCAAAUGCAUAUAUUAUGUUUGAUAAUCCAAAAUUAAUUACAGGAUGUUUAAAAAAUCCUUUUAUUACAUUUUUAUCAAUUAUGUAAUAGAAAGUUUUAAAAUAUAAAAAGCUACAUAUUUUUUUUAAUAAAACGAGAACAAAACAAAACUAGAAAGAAAAUAGAAAGGAUGAAAAUGAAGAAAAAGUUACGAUCAUCGUUAUUCCUUUUUUCACACUGUAAAAAUGAGAUAUACUGAAAAGUGUGAAUGAGUUAAGGAUUAGUGAUUUAAAUUUGUCUCCUUGAAAGAUUCCAUUCUACUCCAACAGUAGAAUGUUUCAUUCGAUGGGAUAAAAACAUGAAAUGCACUUGAGACGCAGUAAAUAAAAUUAAAAUAAUUUAUAUAUAAUUAAAGAAAACGUUGUUGGAAACAUGUCGAUAAAUGAAUUACAAGAAAAAAAUUAUCGCUGUAAAUAUUUAAUAAGUAAAUAUUGUAAGAGAAUCGAUUAGAUUGCAAAAAUAGAGAAAAAAGACAGCAUUGUUAUUAUGCUGCUUGGAAAUGUUGCACAUGCAUGCGACGCAUCGUGUCGAUAAUUCACGUAUGAACACGCACGUAUAUCGCAAUUUAUACAUAUAUUUGCGUGUGCUUACGUUUAUAUUAAUAUACAUAUACAGAAUAUAAAUAAAAUAUCACUAAAAAUUCCAAAACACAAUACAUAAAUACAUACACUUCUAUGAUAAAUCAUAUCUAUACAAAAAAAAAAAAAAAAAAAAAAA